GGGACGGAGGGAGGGACGGAGGGAGGGGGUUUGGGUCUGCGAUUUUGUCUACAGUGCCGUAACAUUUUUAACCAGUUACUUCCACACCACUUCUUUCAUUACGCCGUUCUGUGAAGUGGAACGUAAAGCUGCUGGAGUUGAGAGGUCAGGGGCUCCCGCUGCCUAGAAACAUACAGUCUAAUAUUAGAACAUUUCCUUGAUUUGUUAGCAGCAUCUCUGCUGACUGCUGAGCACAUGGCAACAGGCCGGCCAAUAGGAUUUCAGGAGGCUGCUAAGCCCCUCGCUCUGUAUAGCAACAGCGGCAUCCUUGCCUUAUUUAUUUAUAUAGGACUUUUUUCCCACCGACUCAUUCCCAUGAUCGUGUCCCCCCCCUCAUCCAUCCACUCAGCUCUCAAACUGUGCAAAAGAGUUGCAGUGUGGAGAGCAGGGCUCCUCUUCUUCUCCCGCUUCGCUCUUAAGUGCAUUAGCUCUUAAAUAUAAAUAGCCUCCACAGCUUUUUUUUUCCUAUAGUGAUAUGUAAUUUUAAACAUCUUUUUAAUUGUAUCUCACAAUUUAAUUAAGUUUUUUUUUUUUUGUUUUUUUCCUCCACACAAGUGUGAAUUAAUAGGAUCGUGUUUUGGGGAAUGAGUGAUUACCGGAAGGAUUUUACAUGCAGUUGUGAGGAAGAGGAGGAAAACCCUCAGGAAUGACAGCGUGGGAAAAAGUGACACACCGAGGAGACGGAUAACAACCAAGAAGAGGGGAUCUGUAGAAGAUGGAGGACAUGGAGGAGAGCCUAUCAGGGAUAGGAGGAGUGGGAGGCGGUGGGAGGUGGAGGGGCAUGGAAUGGCGUGAGGACCAAGGCCGGUGGUUGGUUUGAUCUGAGCCACGUGUGUGUCCAGCGACGUCUCUUCGUCGCUUCAUGGAUGUCGAUGAGAUGCAGGCUUCCGAUGCCGCCCUGUCCCUUUCCGUCUCGGUCCAGGUUUCCUAAGAAGAGGUGAUCUAUGUGUCCUGGAGGAGGAAAAUGUGCAGCUGAGAAUGGACGUUCCCCAGUUGAACACUGAAGUGAAAAAGAAUCAGACCAUUUGAUUCUUGCACUGUGAUUUUCCCAAGCAGCUCCUUGGCAUGAAUUCCUUCAAGCCAAUUUCCUUUAGAGAUUCUUUUUAAAUGACUGUGAAGCAGAAAAGUACUCAAUUAUAAAAAAAAAAACACUGCUCAGGAAUAAAGCGGAGUGCAAACCCGGGAUGCUCUAUGAUGUGUUUUAAACAAGCCUGGAGAACAGGCUCUACAUCACCAACACUGGUCAGCCAUGAUCUCCGCAUUUCCAUCCUCUCAAUCCUCAACCAUGAGUUUAACUGUAAGCUGAUAAUAUGUGAUCUCACUGUGACACCAACAGUCUGAUUCACCCCGUCAUAAAACCAAGCAAGACUGUACGGUCAGUGUUGUGAAAAUGGCCGCCAAGAGUUUCCACCUCUGGACCGAGGAGGAGUUGAAGCCAAGCGAUGUCCCAACGUCGUCUCUAGCAUCUCUCCAGCUAACAGACGAGGCUGUGGUCAUGAGUGAGAACACUGUCCACAUGGUGGAUAAUCCCAAGCCCGAUCCUAUAUUUCCUGAGAUGACAUCACCACUGCUUCACCAAUCACGGCAGCAGUCAGACAUAAGCAUAGCUACUAAGCCUGAGCCUCCACCAGCAGAUCAAGAGUCCUUGGAGAAGGAGAAAGGCCACAGCAGCAGUGAGGUGCAGUCUUGCACGCCGAGAGUUUUCCUGCAGGACCUCUCCUCACACACUGAUGAAGAUGAUGAAGCAGUUCUUGCACUAAAAACCAGCAGCAAGGAAAAAGUUUGGUCAGAGAGUGAUACAACCAAAUCAAUGGCAGCCUACGACAGCAAUGCAGAUAACCUCCAGCUAUCUGAAGCAGAGUGGUACUGGGGAAGCAUCUCAAGAGAGGAAGUAAAUGACUUGAUGAGAAACACUCCAGAUGGGACUUUUCUGGUUCGAGAUUCCUCCAGUAGAAAUAAAGGAGAAUACACUCUGACCUUACGGAAGGAUGGCUAUAACAGGUUGAUAAAAAUCUUCCAGUAUGGGGAAAAGUGUGGCUUUUCUGAGCCAUUGGUCUUCCCCUCUGUGGUGGAUCUGAUCCAGUAUUACCAGAAGAAAUCACUAGCCCAGUACAACUCUAAACUGGAUACACGGUUACUCUACCCUAUAUCCAGAUUCCAGGAGCAGCACCUUGUAAUGGAAGUUGACAUAGAUGCAGCCGGUGAACAGUUGAGAAUAUAUCAGGAUCAAUACAAAGAGACGAGCAAAGAGUACGAUCAGUUGUUCAAAGAGCUGAACCAAACGUCCCAGGAACUUCAAAGUAAGAGGACAGCUAUCGAGGCUUUUACUGAAAUAAUCAGGAUUUUCGAAGAAGAAUGUGAAACUCAAGAACGCUACAGCAAGGAAUACAUUGACAUGUUCCUUGCAUUAGACAACAGCACGAAUACAGAAAAGAUUCAAAGCAACCCUGAGGAGUUGCAGUCAAGGGUGGAGGAGAUUCACAGCAGCAAGAAAAAGUUGGAGGAGGAGUUGAAGAAAAAGGCUCUGGCUCACAUGGAAGUUGACAGGAAAAUGAAUGGCUUGAAGCCCGACCUUGUGCAGCUCAGGAAGAUCAGGGAUCAAUACCUUCUGUGGCUCACCCAGCAAGGUACCAGUCAGAGCCAGAUUAACGAGUGGUUAGGUAUAAAGAGAGAAGAGGAAGAUCUCUACACGCUGGAGGAUGAUACUCACCAGGAGGAGAGGAGCUGGUAUGUGGGUGGCAUGAGACGAAAGGAGGCGGAGGAGCUGCUGAGAGGGAGAAGAGACGGGACUUUCUUAAUCAGAGAGAGCCAGACUCAGAGGGGUUCCUUCGCCUGCUCUGUUGUUGUGGACGGAGAGGUGAAACACUGUGUCAUCUACAGGACGGCAACAGGGUAUGGCUUUGCUGAGCCCUACAACUUGUACUCAUCGCUCAGGGAGCUUGUUCUCCACUACAGACACACGUCCUUGAUCCAACACAACCAGCAGCUGAAUGUAACCCUCGCUUGGCCUGCUCUUAGUCAGCCAUUCAGUGAAGAAACAUGAGCACACGGUCCUGGUGACGCUUUUAAAACUUUACACUAUUAGCACUGAGGACACAGUUACCACACGAAGAACCGCUUAGUGUUUCAGUGCUAAAAUUACAGUAUCAGCUCCCAUAUGGUUAUGCUUUCACUGCAAUUAAAAAAAAAGCAGAAAAAUGCAAUAUUUGCAUAUUUGGCUUUAAGCACCAGCUUAUUAACCAGACCAAGUGAACAGAAAAUUGGAUGAAGGAUUUGAUUCUGUUUCCAUUGGAACAGCUAUAACCAAUGCAAAUAAAUGGGAGGACUGUUCUAAUGUUUAACACGAUCAUCUCUAAAAAUGCUGAAAAUCUGCACAUUUAGUUUGUUGAACACAAUUUGAAUGAAUUAUUUGUCAUUUCUAAAUUCAGUUAUCAAUUUAGCCCUUUUACACGAUACACACAGUUUACUAGUGGGUGGUAAAAUAUGAAUAUUUGUUUAAAAGACACUAUGUGUUGGAACAUAAAUUACAGCAUUUUUUUCAUAACGAAAAGGUCAAAGUAGUUUUUGUCUGGUUGACUAUUUUUUAGAAACACGCAAAUUCAGGCAGUAAAUAUUGCAGCACAAGAUAUGUCUAUAUGUUUUUACAAAAACCAACUACUGCAUAAUUGGCAAGAUAAAUGUAGGCAACAUCCUACUAGUAUUAAAUCCUAAAAUUAAACCCAACAUUUGCAAUCUGUACUGAAAUUAAUUCAAGGGAGGCUGCAAAAAUGAUGAUAGAAUCUUCUCAUUAAAAUAUUUUUUCAAACAUUUUCUUUUAAGGGGAAUAGGUUUUUGAAGUUCUCAUUAGAAGUUACCUUACCAGUGAAGUUACAGCCAGCAUAUUCUUAGUUUGGAGAACCAGACAUAGGGUCCAGAAAAGCUCUGACAAAACUUCAGAAGAAUGAAUAUGCAAUUUAAAAGCUGUCAGACGUGUACAAUUACAUUUAUUUUGACAGUUAGUUAACAUGGAUGUCACCUGAUUAAAAAAAAAAAAAUUAACAAUUAAAACGUGACAAAUUGAAACUUAUCUGUCCAAGGUAAAGUAUCCCUUAAGAGCCCAAUUUAAAACAAAAAAUAGAGGUUAAACAUUUUUUUUUUUACAAUUUUCAAAAAUGAUUCCAAAUCCUGUAUAUUUGAACAAGAAAUCCAUUGAAUAUAGGCUGUAGCUGCUUUAAAGGUAACUAUGGAGAAACUAAGCUCAGGUAGGGACUCUGCGCUACCCGGAACAUUUUGCAUUGUGGGUACUGUAGGAAGUGAGGAGUCACUUAAGCACUUUAUCCAAAAUUAAAACAUGAACACAAAAGGAGCAGUUGUUGCUUCAGGCUUCAUUUAUGAAUCCUGUUCUUGGCUGAAAAAUACCUCACUUUAUAAUGCUCAAAUGGUAAAAAAAAAUACUAGAAAUCUUUACUAAACUUUUAUCGCUCUUACUUCUUUUUGGUUUUUGAUAAAGAUCAAUGUUUAAAACGUGCAGGUAAUGUGAGCAGUCGUCAUUCAUAGGAAGCAUUUACAUUCUGCAUCUUAAGCUACUCAUCCCACUUUCAGGUUGGACUGUUUUAGCUCUUUAAUUUAGAUAAACAUUUAAUUUUUAGAAUUAUAAAUUGAUUUCUAAAGGCUGUUUUCAAAUGUUUGUUUUGAUCUGAGAAAGUUGUGAAAAUUCUAUUUUUUUAAUUUGACAAAACAUCAAGAACCCAGAAACUGAUCAAUACUGGAAAUUUAUUUUGGUCCUGUUAAUGUCAGAAAAUCAAACAAAAACAAUAUAAUAACUAAAUAAAUGUUGUUACUUAGGGUGAUAUAUUUUCUGAAGCCAGCACUAUAGGAUUCUUGACAGAUCUAUGGAUCCUGACAUCAUACAGGUGAAUCCUGUUUGUGUCCAACUCUGUACAAAUAACGGUGCCUUUGACGCUUAAGUUCCGGCUAUCAAAUAUCUCUUAAAUGCAAAAACCUUGUGAUAAACUCAGCAGAUUGUGUGAAGUUAAAUUACAACAAUAGAAACAAAAAAGGUUCAAACUUUUACAUAAAUCAGAUGCUAGAAUUAUACUUGAGAUAAGACACUAUUUUCAGGUGUUUGUUGCCAAAAAGAAGGUUAUGUGGAUGGUUAGAAUUUUAAAAACAGUUAAGUUUUAACCAUAAGCCAUGUCACAACAAUACUGUCCAUCAGGUUAUUCAUAUAAGAUGAAAACUUAGAAAAAGUUAUUAAAAUACUCACACUACCUAAUAUACAAGGGUGAACACUGUUUAAGUUAAAAAUUAAAAUGGCAACUCAAAGCCAGCAUAUAAGCAACAGGAACAAAGAAUCAGAAAUGCUAACUUUAUUUUGACAAAAACUAGUCAUAUUAUACAAGUUUGAAUUCAUGAAUAUUGAGCCUACUUAGCUACUUUUUUUAAAUAACAUUUUCUUGCAUUUUGUUUAUUUCCAAUUUAAGAAUUCAGUGGUGCUGAGUCUAGUGGUAAUUCAGAGACUUAAACGUUGACCAAACAGCUUUAAAGAAUCUUACUACCUCGCUGGGAGGUAUAUUCAAAAGAUGAUAGAACACUGUGUCUACACGAGAAAAUAUCUUGCAUAAACAUUUGAAACUUUUUCAAACUUUCAGUUCAAAUUGUUUACAUCUCAGACGGUCCCAGCGAGGUUUGGUGCUGGGUUGUGAUCCAGAGACUUUUGAUUGUGCAGUCUGUGGUUGGAGAUAAAUGGUGCUCGAGGAUUACAGUCAAUUAUUUCAACAGCAUUUCUUAAAGACAAAUAAAGCACUUCAAAAACACAACAUUUCAAAUGUUGGCUUGUCUGUUAAGAAGAUUCAGUUAGCUAAUAUAUAAAAAGGGGUUGAUGGGUUGUUUAACCUUUCAAUGGGUCACAUUUAAUGCACUUUUUCUCGAAUUGGUUGAAAGUGCGCUUGAUUGUGAUUGCAUACACUUGAUGUUGUCUUCUUUUUGUCGGACUGUUAUUUGACAUGUUUUUUUUUCUUUUGGAGUAGAUUGUUUCAGAUUUCUGGCUUGGAGCUAUGAAAAGGUCUAGAAGUCUAAUAAGUGCAUGCUGUCAUUGUGAAACAAUUUCUCUAGUUUUUUGGAGUUCUGCUCGGCUGGAUACUGUUUGUAAAUCAGAUCUUGUACUGAAGCUGCACCACCAGCUAUUUCUUUUAACAGAUGGGCCGUUAUCUUUAAAAUUCUCAUCGCUGAAUUUAUAUUUUGUUUUCUCUAAAAUGACCUUUUCGCCUCACAGUAUGAGUCUAACUGUGAUGUCUAUAUCAACUAAGCAAAUGUGACAUGUUUGGUGUGCCUGUAAUCACAUUCGUCUGCCACAUAGUGUUGCACAGGAGUAAAACAAUGAGUACUGCAUUGCACAGGCUGUGGACCGAUCUCCACAACCACCACAAAGCAGUGCACUCUGUAUCGUCUAACCUGGAAGUAGUUUGUUUCUUGGCAACCAGGUUAUCUAUUUUUAUACAAUUGGAACACCAAAUAUUUUGCGUGGUGAAUUAAGUCUACAACUUGUGCGUUUACUAUACAAUGCAAACUGAAACAUAAAUCAUUACCUUUAUCUGCUUCUCCAGCAGGAAUUCAAAGAACAAACAAAAAAAAGGUCAACGGGUUAUAUGUGCACAAAAACAUGCAAAGACCAUUGCUCUGUUGGGUUUGAUUUAAAGCAUAGCAUUUGCACACAAGUAUCUCGUGUGAGGUAGAGGUACUAUGACUUUAUUCUUGUACAUUCACUCAUACUGAAGCAGCUGGACAAGGUUGUAAAUAUAAACAAAUUGCUAAUGAGAUUAAAACAUUGUAGCAUUGUUUUUAGUGCAUUGACAUUGUUAUUACAUAUGCACAGUUUGGUCUUUUUUGUACAGAGUAGCAAGGGUUACAUGCACAACAAUAUUAAAAAAAAGAUCAUACACAACGUAGGAUCCUUUAGUCACAUUUGCACAUUACCAUAUGACCCUUCUAUUGGCCGACAGUUAAGCCGGGGGUCUCGUUUCUAUCUGCAGCUAAGCUUUUUUUGCACAGUUUGUCAGGAGUUUUUGGUCAUGAUUCAAAAAUAAACCCAAGAUGGUGUCUAAAACUAUCAAAACAUCUGGAACACUCCACAUAAUUUCAUGAAAUUGCGGUUCUCUCAAACACUUUAUGACCUAAUAAAGGUUUAGAUGUAGGAGAGUAUUGUUUACAAAAUGAUGAAAAUAUUGUUGUGUAUGUAAACAUACCCAUUUACUGUAAUGUAUAUUUUGUAUUGUGCUGCAAACAGAUAUGCUGAAAGACACUAAAAGCACAUUUCUCAAUAAGUACUGUUCUGUGUGUGUGGUUGUGGAAGGGAAGUAGCUAGUCUAUGUUUUUUCAUUUAUUUAAAAGCUUGAUGCUCUACUAAUUGUUCUUCAAUACAAUGACACAACCAGCCUACAUUUUGUCUUUCAUACAUUUUAGCAUAAUUUAAUCACUGAAACCCUCCUUUUAGUAAGAAGUGUUAAAGAAUUUAACAAAGUAGGUGAUGUUCAAGUCUUUGUUUGAAUUCAGUGCUAAAUAACAUGGAUUGAUGGUACGGAAAAACAAAUGAUAGAAAUAAAACGUGAGAGUAGUUUCUCUUAGUUUGCUAUUUGGAUAAUUGAGUUUGUGAGAUUACUUACAAGGUUUUGUAUAAUGGGAUGUAGCAAGGACUGAAUUUGAAAAAAUACCGUAUGUGUAAAAACCGUUAAUCCUGUUUGUUAGUGGUGUAAGUGGUAGUGACUUCAACUGUACUUAAACCAAGUUUGAUUUCUUGAGACAGAUUGUUUUUGUUUGUUUCUUUGUUUCUUAUUGUCUAACCUUCGCUCUAAGGCUAACAUUUGUCAUGUGGUUCUGCUAAAAAAAAUAUUUAAUUAAGGUUAAAAAAAUGGCCCAUUUUAAUAAUGAAAAAGCAAAGUGAAAAAUUGUGAAGACAAGUUGGAGGAGGUGUUUGAAGAAAGAUGGAAAACUGGAACAGUUGUGGCCAUGAUAUAUGCAUGUCUAUGACUUGUGGGUUCUUCUGAGUAUGGAUCUAUACUUGCAGUUGAGGUUCUAGAUAUUGAAGGAGGUAAAGAGGUGGCAGAGUUUAGUGAAGGAUCUGGUCAUGUGUCAUUGAAAGUUGUUGGCAGGAUUGAUGUGUUUAGCUAAAAUUCUGGGUUCAGACCAAAAAGCAACUUGCAUUGUGGGGGCAGCCAGUUUCAAAGGCAAGUCAAGGUAAACUCAAGAUAAGAAGUUCUGACCCCUGUGGAACUACUUCCAUGGCCAGUGCAACACAAAUGCGAGCAGAAUCAAGUUUUCGGAGGUGUGUUGUGUCAACCAAUCAGGUUGCAUUUUGCUAAUAAUGCAAUUAGCAGUUGGAACCAAACCAAAACCAACAUCAAGAUGAAUGCUGGCCAAUGAUAAACAGCAAGUUUCAAACUGGGCAAUAUUUUAACUGGCUAUCCCAAUCAUGCAAUUGCAUUUGCUGUGAACAAAGUAUUAAGAAGCGUUGAAAAGACCUGUAAUGUAGAACCGUUGAAUAAUUUGGGUGUCCUUCUAAAUUUCUUUGUAAAAUAGGAUUUGUUGCCUUUUUACUUUAAGACGAAAAUCCUUUUUAAUUUUUAAUUGACAUUAAUGUGUGAACAUGAUCCAAAGCCACUUAGAGUGUAUUUGUCAAAUUUAAAGUAAUAUCUUUUGAAAGGAUGUUUCAGUAACUUUGCUUUUUUUUCUUCAUUGUGGGUCUUUGCAAUUGUCUGUCAUUUGAUCUAAAGAAUUUAGCCGUACUUAGUUAAAAGCCUGUUGUAAACUAUUACUGUAAAUGUUUUAUUUACUGUAUUGAUUAUGCAAAAAACACUGAGCUUGUUGAAUCAAAAAUGUCUUGUUUCCUUUUGGAUGUCAAAUCUUAAAAAAAAUGUUAUUUUGUUUUCCUUUCUUUCAUGAUGUAAACCCUGACUUUACUCAUUUCAGGACAUUGGUGUUCAAAGUAUGCACUUUCAAAUCCAAAAUAAAAUUGAGAAUGCGGUUAAAUGA